CUAUUUGUCAAACACGACCACGAACUUCCCAAUCUUGAAUCUCCCCUUUCCUUAUGGAGGUUGGUGCAUUGGUAGUUAAAACAUUUCAAAUUGUAGUUAGUUAGGCGCGAGCUUUUUGUUGUGCUAGAGAUGCGACCUUCGGCCAGAGAAUCAGCUAGCUUAAUAAGCAGAGCCUUGAUCUCUGCUUCCACCAACUCGAGUUCGACCGGAUCAUGGACUCGGUCACUGGAGCAAACCCUCCACCAAUUCGGGUGUCGUUAUUCGCUUACCUCUUCACUGGUGGCUGAAAUCAUCGACCCUCAUCUUCUCCGGCAUCCAUCUCUUUCUCUAGGGUUCUUCAACUGGGCCGCACAACAGCCUAAUUUCUGUCAUUGCUCCAUUUCAUAUCACUCCAUCCUCAAAUCCCUUACUAUUUCCCGCCAAUUCAACUCAUUAGAUAAGGUUCUUAAAGAGGCCAGAGAUCGUAAUGUGGUUGUACAUCCUUCAUUUUACCGCCCUCUUAUUGAUUCCCUUGUAAAAUCGAAGAAAUCCCAUGACGGUUUUUUGGUUUUAAAUGGUGUUGUUUCGUCGAUUUUCGAUGUAGGGGUCGAAACGUGUAACUCCCUCCUUGCUGGGUUGGUGUCUGAAGGGUAUUUUGAUUGUGCACGUAAGUUGUUUGAUGAAAUGCUUGUGAGAGGUGUGAGUUUUACUACUCUUGGGAUUGGUUUGUUUAUGUGGAGGUUUUGUAGAGAGUGUGAUCUUGGGUUUAUAUUAGGUGUCUUGGAUAGAGUUAGGGGUGGUGUUUCGAGGUUCAAUGGAUCGAUAGUUGCUCUUCUGAUUGUUCAUGGGCUUUGUGAGGUGGGUCGAGUGUCUGAUGCUUAUAGUGCCUUAGAGGAGUUGAGGAUUAGAGAUUGUAAGCCUGAUUUUAUGUCUUAUAGGAUUGUUGCUGAGGCUUUUAGGUUGAAGGGCCCGGGAUGUAUCUUCGAGGUGCAAGUGGUGUUAAAGAAGAAAAGGAAGCUAGGAGUGGCUCCCAGGGAUUCGGACUAUAGAGAUUUUAUAUUUAUUUUGCUUUCUGAAAACUUGAGUUAUGAAGCUAAAGAACUGGGCCUUAUCAUUUUAGAUGGCAAUUUUCGUAUUGAAGAUGAUGUUUUGAAUGCUUUGAUUGGAUCGGUCUCAUUGGUUGAUCCAUGUUCAGCAAUGUCGUUCUUCAAGUUCAUGGUAGGAAAUGAAAGAAUGCUGAGUCUUAUUACCUUGAGCAAUUUGAGUAGAAAUCUCUGUAAACAUGGUAAAAUUGAUGAUAUGUUGGAAGUUUUUAAUGCUUUGUCGUCCAAAGAAUAUUUCACAAACUUAGAGAGCUAUAGUGUUAUGGUUUCAUCUUUGUGCGAGGCUGGAAGAGUAAGAGAAGCUUAUGGUGUUCUUCAAGAGAUGAGGAAGAAAGGUCUUUUCCCAGAUAUUUCAUUUUAUAAUGUUCUUAUGGAAGCAUUAUGUAGGGAAGAUCUAAUCCGUCCUUCAAAGAAGCUUUGGGACGAAAUGUUUGCCUGUGGCGUUCAUGGAAACUUGAAGACGUAUACCAUCCUUAUUAAGAAGUUUGCAGAAAUAGGUCAAGUUGAUGAAGCACAAAUACUCUUUGAUCACAUGCUACAAAAAGGUGUAAUGCCUGAUGCAGCUAUAUAUACAUUUCUGCUUGAAUGCCUUUGUCAAGACUCGAAGUUCGAAGCUGCAAUUCAGAUUUUCUACAAGGUUGCUGACCGGGAUAUGAAAGUAGCACAAGAUAUAGUAACUCCACUUGUUCUCUCUCUUUGUAAAACAGGUUGUUUACUAUAUGCUUCUGAAUUCUUGUGCAGUAACUGUCAUCUGAGACAUAUAGAACCCCAUGUUAUAUUGUUGAAAUCUCUCACAGAUGCUAAACAGUUUGAAGCUGCCAUCAACCACCUAAAACAGGUUAAGGCUGCUUCACUUUCUCUCCUACAAGAAAUAUCAACUGAAAUUCCCGCGCUUCUUUCGUCUUCUUCCAAUCCAGAGCCGAUCCUUCAGCUGCUUCAAGAUAUGCGACAUAAUGACAUGGUUUCCGCGAAUGAUAACUGGACAGCCUUAUGUGGGUAAUUGUUAUAUUGGUUACAGGUUUGAUCCACCCAUUAUAGCCUCCAAGAAGGGAUUAAGAAGUACAAAUUGGUCCCUGAUUUUUCACCUGUGGGAUCCUAAACUGGGUAUAGCAUUGUAUGUCUGGUCACAAAAUUUAGCAAACACAGAGAAGAUUUGCUACUUGCAAAUUGCACGUUGUGAGUGAUGACAGAUAAUAUAUGUUGCUCACGUUGAGUAGAUGCUUGCCUGUUAUUCUUGAUAGUAUCCACUAUCCAGAGUCACUUUUCUGACAGUAAUUGUAGUGGUUUAGGAUCAGCUGGAUUGGUUCUGUUCUAGCACCUGAUGUUAAUUUUGGGGUUGGAACUUGCAAAUGCCUAGCUCAACUGGUAAUUCUGAAGAUUAUGCUCCAGAUAUACUUGAGGUUUGCAUUGGUACAUCGAAUUUAUAUACAAUGAAUGAUUGAGCUUAGCUUGAGACCAGGGAGCAAUGGUUAAGGUCUGCCGCCUGUUUAAAUGCUUAUCUCCUUAAAAUGCCUGGAAAUUCUUUUUUCUUUUAGGUUUUUGAGAGGGAGAGGGAAUCAGAAAAAUAAUCUUUUCCAACAGAUUGUGGAUGGAACAUAAGAAACUCUUUACAUCAUUAAAUCAUUGUCUGUAUGUGUAUUACUAUUUUGAACUUCGUCAUCUACAUGUAUAUGUGAUUUUGGUUAUAGUGAUGGAAAUUGUAAUGAUCAUCGUUGUCUA